AUGGAUAUACACGACGUCUCUCAGAUGGAGGAAUACCGGGCAGUCCUACAGAAACAGAAACAUUCUCUCCAAAAUGCCCAAUCUCGCAAGGGUCAGACGCCGAAGCCGACCAGGUCUCGCGACGAUAUCAUAAUGGAGUUCAUGUUUAGCCGAAUGCUGGCCAGUAAUAGACCUACUAACACGCGUGAUAUUCACUCCUCGUUUGUGCCUCCAGCCUACCCACCAUCUGUCGCUGCAUUGAGUACCCUGAAAAGGAUACUAAUCAGAGAUCUCACCCUCGAAACAUAUCAUCGUGGAUUCUACAUUCUGCUAAGAGCAGUCACACCGAUGGACAGAAUGACUGCGGUGAUGACCGUGGUGGAAGAUGAAAGAGGAGAUGUUGUCAUGUUACAGUUGUACAACCAGGAGAAAGAGCUCUCGACCGAUGGCCGUCUCGUGGAAGGAACAGUGAUACUCGUGAAGGAGCCUUACUUGAAGGUCAUGGCUGAUGGGAACUACGGAAUGCGAGCUGACCAUCUCUCCGAUAUCAGAUUCCUGCCAGACCAUGAUUCUUUGAUACCGUUGGCAUGGGGAGGUCAGCGAGCAAUGGAUGCAUCAGCCAAUUAUUACAAAAUCAGAGGCAACAACUGUUUCAACAAGAAUGAGCACCAUCUCGCUAUCGAUCACUAUUCCAGGGCUCUGAGUUCCUCCCCGACUGCCGACGAAGCCGUCACAAUCCGGCUCAAUCGCGCCCUGACUUAUCUCAAGACUCACCAAUUUGACGCCGCCCUUCAUGACGUCGAAGUCGUCCUAUUGGCCGAUGAAUGCUCUGAAAAAGCCCUCUUCCGCAAGUCCCAGGCUCUUUAUCAUCUCGCCAGAUUUGAAGAAUCGUGCAAAGUCCACCAAGUGCUCUGCAAAGCAUACCCUAACAACACUGCCGCAAGAGCCGAGUUCGAUCGCGCCACUUCCCGACUCGCAGAACAGCAAACUGGAAAAUACCCAUUCAAGUACCUGCACCGAGAGGCAAGGAAGCGUUGCCCGCCGCUCCUGGAUCGCGCAACAUAUAUCGGCCCUGUCUCUGUCAGGCCAACUGAGUCUCGCGGACGAGGAUUAUUCACGACAGAAGCCGUCCGAGCCGGUGACCUAUUGCUUUGUGAGAAAGCGUUCGCGUAUGCCUUUGAUAACGAAGGUACCGACACUCCGAGCAAUCUUUCGAUACUCAUGAACACGGAAACGGACACGAUCACAAAGGGUACCCAGGCAGAACUUAUCACCCUGAUCGCCCAGAAGCUUUACAAGGUCCCGACACUUCGAUCAACAUUCAUUGAUCUUUACCACGGCUCAUACAGCCCUGUCGAUACCGCAGAAGUGGACGGUACGCCCGUUGUCGACACCUUCCUCAUCGAGCGUAUAAUGUCGCUCAACUGCUUCGGCUGCGGCUUAUCGUCCCGUGAAUCUCACAUUCGCACCAUGAAAGAAGCCGAAUCGCAGCUAGAGCCCACCAAGACCGAGACCUUCCACUCCUGCGGUGUCUGGCCUCUGGCAUCAUAUAUAAACCAUUCCUGCAACAGCAACGCUCGCCGCUCUUUCAUCGGCGAUAUGAUGAUCGUGCGCGCUACACGAGAUCUGCCCAAGGAUACCGAACUGGUUUUCUGGUACAAGGCGCCCCUCGAUAAUACCUCUAAGGCGAAACAACUGAAUCUAAAGCAUUGGGGCUUCAGGUGCAGCUGCGAGAUCUGCCAGGAUUCCAUUGAAACCGAGGAGAGCGAUCUGAUGAAGCGAAGGAGACUCACCGCGGACUUGGCGAAUGCCUUCCAGUCCCUAGGAAAAUCCCGCAAGCCAAACUUGGUUAUUGCUCGGAUUGAAGACGUCGUUUCUAAACUCGAGGAAACGUAUCGCAGGCUAGCAAUCGAAGUUCCCCGUGCUGGUAUUUGGAAGGCGUUUUCGAGUCUAGCGGCUUUCCACGCCUCCCGAGGUGUCUCAGAGAAAGCUGUUGAUUUUGCACUGAAGACUUUGGAGUCACUGGGCUACGUACUGGAAGGCGGGAGACUUCCGCGUAGAUCUGGUGUGCGGCUGUGCGUUGUGAAAUGGGGUCUUAUGAUGGACGGUCUUGUUGGGUGUUGGAUGAUUCUCUGCAGGGCGUACUGCGAUGUAGCUCCUGAACUGGCAGAUCAGGCAGAGGACUACGCUAGGACUACCUAUAGGAUGUGUGUUGGCGAGGAUGAGACUUUUGGGGAUACGUACAGCCGCUUCUCGAAGCGCACGGAUGGAUUUCUUGUUCGGGGGGAGUAG